AUGAAAUUGAAAUAUAAACAGCAUAGCGUACAACAUGAUAUACGACUACGGGAAGUACAUAAGACUAUGCUUGUACGACAUCAGUCGUUGUUGAAAUUUUCAUCUUUUAUUCAUCAUCUUUGUUCUCGCACAAUGAAAAUUCGUCAUUUCAAUGCAUUAGAAGAUAACUAUAUGUAUUUAAUCACUAGUGACAAAUCAAACGAGUGUGCUGUGGUAGAUCCUGCUGAACCCGCCGAACUAGUGAAAACCAUCAAAAACGAAGGUUUAAAGUUAACGACUAUUCUAACUACACAUCAUCAUUAUGAUCAUGCUGGUGGUAACAGUAAGAUGCUCGAAAUGAUGGGCGCGGAAAAAGAUCAAAUACAAGUUGUCGGUGGUGAUAAAUCAUUACAAGCUCUGACACAUCCCGUUAAAGACAAUGAAAAACUUCAAAUCGGAGAAUUAGAAGUUACUUGUUUGUCAACACCUUGCCAUACAGCUGGUCAUGUAUGUUACGUUGUUUCUGACGGAAGGGAACAAGCUGUUUUUACCGGUGAUACUCUAUUCAUUGGCGGUUGCGGCAAAUUUUUUGAAGGUACAGCAGCACAAAUGCAAUCAAGUCUUCAGAAACUCGCAUCACUUGAUCCUAAAACUCUUGUGUAUUGUGGACAUGAAUAUACCAAGAAGAAUCUUGAAUUUGCAGCAACGGUCGAACCGGAUAAUCAGGAUUUGAAAUCUAAACAAGCAAGUUUGAAAUCGGUGACCAUUCCAUCGACGAUUGGUGAUGAGUUGAAGUUUAAUCCAUUUAUGCGUACGAAUCAAGCGAGUGUUCAAGCAUUUACCGGUAAAAAAGAUCCAGUUGAAUGUAUGGCUGAAUUGCGUGAACGAAAAAAUAAAUUUUAA